AUACGUCAAUAUAUAUUAGGUGUUUCAAAGACAAGUUUGAUUAUUUGAGAACUCUUUAUUGGAACAAGAUGUUAGUAGAAUUGUUAAUAUUUUUAGUUAUAGUGUUAAUGUUAUAUGACCGUUGGUCUAGAAGGGAAGUGUACAAGUUGGGUAGACAGUUAAGUUGUAGAGUGAAAGCAUACCCUUUGAUUGGACACAGUUAUUUGUUUUUAGGCGACAACCACAAACGAAUGCAAGCAUUACAAAUUCUUGGUAGAGAUGCCUUGAAGAAUGAUAACGGUUUGUUCCCAGCGUGGCAGGGAAAUUAUCUGUACACAAUGAUCGUAGACCCUGAGGCUGCAGAGUUAGUAUUAAAGACUUGUCUUGCGAAGGAUGAUAUAAUGCAAAUGGCUACACUCUUUGUGGGCAAUGGAAGCAUAUUCGCUCCUGUUCCAAUAUGGCGACCUCGUCGAAAAGUCCUAGUGCCGACCUUCAACAUGAAGAACUUGAAGUCUUUCGUGUCAAUAUUCGUGAGGCACAGCACCAUACUUGUGCAGGAGUUGGGGAAAGUGACCGGGACUGGUCCACUGUCUGCCUUUAAAUACUACACAGCUUAUACCAUGGAUGCUAUUGCUGAAUCUACAUUAGGAUACAAGAUGGGUGCCCAGAAAUCUUCAGAUCAUCCUUUCAUAAAAGCGUUCAACUAUGGACUUCCGAAGUGUGCCGAACGCCUGUGCCAACCUUGGUUACACAGUGACUUGAUUUACAACAACCUACCAGUGUACACAAGGCUGGUGAAACUUAAGGAAUAUUUAUGGGGUUUCAUGCUCGAGUUAAUCAAAGCUAAAAGACAAGAAAUUAAGCACAGCAAAGAAAGUAAAGACACUGAAAAUUCACCAGAAGGAAAUAUUCAGACAUUUUUGGAAUGCUUAAUAAGAUCUUCUGGAGGAGACGAUGGAUACACAGAUAUAGAAAUCGUGGAAGAGCUGAUGGUCAUCAUGGUAGCUGGCAAUGACACUUCUGCUGUCGGAGCAUCUUUUAUAUCGUUGAUACUCUCGAGGCAUCCAGAAGUGCAAGAGAAAGUUUAUGAAGAGUUACAGGAAGUGUUCGGCAACUCGGACAGGCUGGCCACCUUCGAGGACCUGCCUCGGCUAAAGUACCUCGAUGCAGUGAUCAGGGAGACACUACGAUUGUACCCACCAGUACCAAUCAUCGUGAGAAAAGUGGAAAAUCAUGUGCUGUUGCCUUCAGGCAUCACACUUGUGCCUGGGACUGGAGUAUUAGUCAACAUUUGGGCUUUGCAUCGCAACCCUCGCUACUGGGGAGAGGACGCGGAGCAGUUCCGACCUGAACGGUUCCUUGACACGCCACUCCAGCAUCCCGCUGCGUUCAUGGCUUUUAGUCAUGGACCGAGAAACUGUGCAGGUUACCAAUACGCCAUGAUGUCAAUGAAAACAGUAUUGUCGACGGUACUGCGACGCUUCAAGUUACUCCCAGCCGUGGCAAGUGACUCCAGCUUCCCUCCACUGCGACUCACCUUCGACCUGAUGAUGAAGGACGAAAACAACUUCCAAAUACGAUUAGAACCUAGAAUUAAGUGUUGAAUUAAACAAAUCUUUCUGUCAGCUGCCAGCAGUUGCUGCUUCUAUUUUUAAGAUGUGAUAGCUGAUUUGUUAUAACUUUCAUAAGACAUACCAAAUUAAUUAUUUUGUUAUCGGCUUACUCACGUUAUUUUCCAAAUAUUUUGUAGUUAAUAAAAAGUAAACCGUAUUUUGUAGUUAAUUAUGUCUCACGAUAGUUGUUAUGAAAAUUAAGUAAAAUAUUUUGCU